AUGGUGACCACGGCAAGGGUUCCACCAUUACUUUCAUCAAUAUCAUGGUCGCCUCGGUGGACCGCGUCUACUAAGGCCAUUUCGGUCCAGGUCAGCCCCGCGGGCCGACUCAAGCUAAAGACGCGGGUGCAGACGCGGCGAUACACCGCGGCAGUGUGGCCCUCAUAUGGCACGACCACCCCCGUCCCAAAUCACCACCAAACGCUUGCCCAUUCCCCUUUCAGGUUCGAGACUGGCUACGCUUUAUGUGCGAAACGCCCCUCCCGCCCGUUUCCCCCACCGUUUCUAUCUCCGCCAUCGUCGUCCUUUUCCGAUCCCUUGACUACCCACUCCUUGAGCCAGGAUAAGAGAUUAUCCGUGAAGGGCGAGCUGAUCCGUGGCUUAAACAAUGGAGACGAUGCGGUUAUCGUUGCCGAGAACUUUGUUGGUGUGGAUGACGGCGUAGGCGCUUGGGCGACAAGACCUUGUGGUCAUGCUGCUCUUUGGUCCAGACUUCUCCUGCAUUUCUGGGCUCUAGAAGUUGAACGCAGCCUGUCCGCAUCGGCUACCCCCGACCCGGUUGAAUACCUUCAAUCAGCCUUCGAGGAGACUAUCCGCGCAACGAGCACUCCAAAUGAAUGGCUAGGAACAACCACAUCCGCCACCGCACUCCUUCAUUGGACUACCGGAAAUGAUGGCAAACAAAAUCCCCUACUCUACGUAACGAAUUUGGGCGAUUGCAAAAUCCUCGUCAUCCGACCCAGCGAAGAGAAAAUUCUCUUCAGCACAACAGAGCAAUGGCACUGGUUCGACUGUCCCCUGCAGCUUGGUACCAACAGCGUUGAUACACCUCGUAAAGAUGCGGUGAUGACCAAGGUCGCUAUACAGGAAGGCGACAUCGUGCUAGCCGUGUCGGAUGGCGUAAUGGAUAACCUAUGGGAACACGAGGUUAUGACCAUUGUUCUAGAUAGUCUCAAGAAAUGGGACCAGGGAAAUCCAGAUACGGCUGAGCUGGCCUCGUCGAAUUUGUCAAACGACCGCCUGGUCUAUGUGGCAAGGGAAGUGAUGAAUGCUGCUCUGUCAGUUGCUCAUGAUCCAUAUGCGGAGAGCCCGUAUAUGGAGAAGGCGAUUGAUGAAGGGCUCGCUAUUGAAGGAGGCAAACUGGAUGACAUCUCUGUCGUGGUUGCUUCUUGUCACAAACGAGCUGGGUGA